AUGGUCAUAUAUUAUAUGGGUGGUGCUGAUGGUGGUGGUGCUUGUAACUACACAUAUAUGUGCUUUAUUGACUUAACAAAAGCUUUCGAUAAAGUAAAACUUGGAGACGUUCUUGCUAUAAUGAAUGAAAAAGGUGUCCACCCACAAAUUAUCAAUAUCAUCCGUGACAUGAACACAGAGAACAAAACAAAGAUCAGAGCCAAUAAAAAACUGACUCAAGAGGUGCGUGUGGCUAAUGAGGUCAAUGCCGGAUACACAAUGGGUAACAGGAGAAUCAAUAUAUUGUGUUAUGCUGAUGACGCCACAGUUAUAGCAGAGAACGAAGAUGAUGCUCAAAGAUUACUGUUUAAUUUUGCGAAAGCUGCAGAACAAUAUAACAUGAAGAUUUCCAUUGAAAAAACGAAAAGCAUGGUAAUUGCCAAAAAUCCAAUUAGAUGCAAACUAGUCAUCAACAACAAAUCCGUAGAGCAAGUUAUGAAAUUCAAUUAUCUCGGUGUCGAAACAACUGCAUAUAGAGACAUAAAGGCCGAAAUGAGUAAACAGACCAAUAAAGCUUCAUUAAUCUCUGGCUGUUUACGACAGGUCGUAUGGAGAAACAAAUACAUGUCACAGGAAGCAAAAGUCAAAAUAUAUAAGACAUGUGUACGACCAAUUUCAACGUAUGCUUUAGAAUGUAGGGCAGACACUUCCAUAACAAAACAAAAAUUAAGAGCCACUGAAAUGAAAACUUUACGGCAAAUCUGUGGUAAAACUCUACGUGAUCAGAUCAGAAGCGCAGAAAUCAGGAAAAGCUGUAAGAUCCCCGACAUUGUACGAUGGGUACGAGGUAGAAGACGCGAUUGGAGGGAUCAUGUCGAAAGAAUGGAUAACAAUAGAUUGGCAAAAAUUGCAUACACGGAAAAACCAUACAGUCAACGACUUCCAGGUCGCCCUCCAAAACGAUGGAAACAAUGCUGGUCAUCAAUUUCACAAGAACAACCAUAG